AAUAAAAAGAGGAUUAUCAGAAGUUUAUUGUUUAGUGUUGACUGUGAUUUUGUUCAAAAUUAUUGUCUUGAUUUUUUAAGGGUAUCAAGUACAAAGUUCAAAGCCAAACCUUAUCAAAGAGAAAUAAGAUAAAAUAUUUUCAUUAAGUAAUAAUUAAGUAUUUAAAAAUAAAGUAACAAUGGCUGACAAAGUGCAAUUAAGUGAAGCUGAUAUGCUCCAUAGUAAUGCAAAAUAUGAGGAACUGGUAGAAUUUUUGAAAAAACUCGACCAAUCAGAUGUAGAAGUACAAUGGAGAUUAACAAGGGCACUAUAUGAUUAUUCUAAAUUAAGUGCUAAUAGUGGGAAUAAACCAGAUUUAGUACGAGAGGCUUUUGAUUUAAUUAAGAAUUCGCUAGAAAAAUAUGACAGCCAUUAUGCAGUUCAUCAAUGGUACGCAAUCAUGCUUGAUGCUAAAGCUCAUCUUGAUGGACUUCGAGCGCGCAUUUAUGUUCUUGAGGAAAUUAAACAACACAUGGAAAAAGCAGUUGAAUUAAAUCCUCAAGAUUCAAUUUCGCAUUAUAUUUUAGGAGAAUUUGCCUUCCAAGUUGCUGAUUUGUCGUGGAUCGAGAAAAAGAUCUUGUCAUCAGUGUUGACUCAUCCACCAGCGUGUACUUACGAAGAAGCGUUAGGGCAUUUUUUGAAGGCUGAAGAAUUAAAAGCCGGGUUUUAUAACUUAAAUUACCUUAUGAUCGGAAAAUGUUAUAUUGCAAUGAAAGAUAACGAAAAGGCUAAAGAAUAUUUAAUUAAAGCGUCACAAGUUGACUUAGUAAGCGAAGAUGAUAAAAAAUGCAAAGAAGAAGGAACAAAGCUGCUUGCGAAGCUUAAAUAAAUCCCUUCCUUCAACUCACAAAAUGAUAACUUUCCGAAUCACUGGAAUUGUGUUUUGUGAAAAUAAUUGAAUUGUACAUACGUCAUCUUAGGCAUAAUAAUGACAAUAUUUACAUAAAUCAUUCAUUUUUUGUAGUUCAUUCAUAUCAAAAUUGACUUGUACUUUUUAACGCUUAAUAAAAGCUCACAUCGAGCAUAACAAUAAAGUCAACCUUGAUUUUGU